GCGAGAGACAUCUCGCCCAGCCAACUCACAGUUCCUUGAUUCACCUCUAGGUUCUGUAUGUCCUGACUAUAAUUUCCAUUCCCCUCAGGCCCGCACAGAAUUCCUACGGAAGAAAGCCAGACAUCAGAACUCGCUGCCUGAGCUCGAAGCAGGAGCCCCAAGUUCUGGCCCUGUGGACCUGUUUCGGGAGCUGCUGGAGGAAGGGAAAGGGGUGACCAGAGGCAAUAAAGAGUACGAGGAAGAAAAGCAACAAGAGAAAGAAAGGCAAGAGAAAGCUCUGGGCAUCCUGACGUACCUGGGCCAGAGUGCAGCAGAGGCCCAGACGCAGCCCCCUUGGUACCAGCUCCCCCCAACAAGAGGAGACCCCUCACCUGGCCCAGGCCCAGAUGAGAAGAUCAAGAGCCGCCUGGACCCUCUGCGGGAGAUGCAGAAGCAUCUGGGGAAGAAGAGAAGGCACAGUGGUGAUGAAGGCAUUCACAGCAGAAAGGACAAGAAGGAAGGGUCUGAGAAACAGCGGCCCAAGGAAACCCCAUCCCUGGACCGGCUUCGAGCUGAACGUCUCCAGAGGGAAGCAGCUGAGAGGGCUCGGGCAGAAGCCUUGCUGGCCCGGGUCCAAGGCCGGGCACCACGAGAGGGUCAGCCGGAGAUGGAAGAGACAGAUGACCGCCUGCGGCGAUACAACUCCCAGUUCAACCCCCAGCUGGCCCGGCGCCCCCGACGACAGGACCCCCACCUUGCUCACUGACUCCUGAGGGGGUACAGGAGAGGCCGCUGCUGCCAGCCGUCAUAUAAAACUAUUUAUUCAUAAAUAUUUUCCAAAAUGAAAA